UAAUUGUGAAAGUCCAUGUUCUCUCGGUGCAGCGGCUCCUCCACGCCACACAGCGGCCAUGUUGUAGGAGAAAAAGAGACAGAAAUGGAAGCGCUGCGCCGACGGCGGUGUGACGUCAUCAGCGUGCGACAGGAGUUCCGGCGUGAGGACGCGAUGGCGGAGGCUGAGACAAAGAAGAUUAUUAAGCUGGUUCCUGAGAACCUUCUGAAGAAGAGGAAAGCGUAUCAGGCGAUUAAAGCGACUCAGGCCAAGCUCGCCUUGCUGGAGAAAAGAAAGACGAAGAAGGGGCAGCUGCUGAGGUUCAAGCGUCUGGAGGAGUAUCAUACGAACAGCAGGAGGAGGCACAGGGAUGAGGUGCGGCUGGUGAGGAACAGGCACAGACCUCCUCCUGCUCUUCCUCCUGCCAAGAACGGGCUGGUGUUCGCCGUGCGCAUUCGACAGAUCAAAGGCGUGAGUCCGAGAGUGAGGAAGACCAUUCAGAUGUUGAGGCUGCACAAAAUCUUCAGCGGUGCCUUCGUUAAAGUCAGCAAGACGUCCCUGAACAUGCUGCGAGUUGUCGAGCCCUACGUCGCCUGGGGAUUUCCUAAUCUGAAGUCGGUUCGCGAGCUCAUCCUGAAAAGAGGUCAGGGGAAGGCUGAUAAGAGAAGGAUUCCUCUCACGGACAACACCGUCAUUGAGCAGUAUUUAGGCCAGCAUGGGAUCAUAUGUUUGGAGGACCUCAUCCAUGAGAUCUACUCGACUGGAAAGAAUUUCAAGGUGGUGAACAACUUCCUCUGGCCAUUCCAUUUGUCCGUUCCUCGACACUCCGCCAGAGAUAAAGCCGGCCUUUUGAAAGAGAUCGGCGAGCCAGGACCUCGAGCUGAGGACAUUAACAGAGUGAUCAGGAAAUUUAACUGAGCCGCUCUUCAUGCAACUCGGACAAACUGUACUGUUUUAUGGAGAGUUAUUGGCUUUCCUGCCUUCACCUUUCCCAGUCCUGAUGAAUAGGUGCAGUGUUUCAAAUCAUUACCUUCUAAAGGAAGGACCAGACCAGAGUUUGUCUUCAGCAGUGUAAUGUUCUGUCUCGCAGGUCAGAUUCUUCUUUAAUUCUGUGCAGCAAUUUAUAUUAAAACACGUAUGGUUUAUUCCAAACGAUAAUCAGGUGGCA